AUGAGCCAUUCGAGAGAAAUGUCUCAGAACGGUGGUACUCCUAACGAGAAUGGUGUCGGACCCCACCCUUCCUUCAUCCAGGUCGCCAAUCCAUACAUCUUCCAGCAACAAUUGCAGAGUGCUUUAGAUGCUCUUGGCGCAACUGAACACAAGGAAGACAGCAUUCGUCUUCAAGGCGUGCAUUACAUCGACAGCGUGAGAAAGGCUCUCCUACUACCUGUUCGCACCUUCAACACUGCUGUCGUCUACUAUCACAAAUUCCGCCUGGUCCAUGCCGACAACGAAUACAUGUGGGCUGAUGCUGCCGCUGCUGCGCUCUUUUGUGCUUGCAAGAUCGAGGACACUCUCAAGAAGUCGCGCGAGGUUCUUUGCGCCGCCUGGAACCUAAAGCUGUCCUCAUCAGAGCACUUGAGUCCUGAUGAUCCUAUGUUCGAACAGCCAUCCAAGACUGUGGUCGGCAUCGAGCGUCUCAUGCUUGAAUCAGCAGGCUUUGACUUCAGAACCAGACACCCCCAAGAACUCAUCAUCAAGCUUCUGAAGCAGCGUGGACUUCCCAAGGAAACCAUGGGUAGAACUGCCUAUAACAUGUCGAUCGACCUUUAUCGCACUUUUGCACCCCUCAAGCAGACCUCGCAGACCAUGGCAAUUUCUUGCAUUGAAUUGAGCGCACGUCUCUUGAAUCUGACUACAGACUUCAACAUGGACUCGAUCGUUGGUCCUGGAGGCAUCAGCCUCGAGGAAUGGUCAACCACCCGCGGCCAAAUCAUGGAGACUCUACUGGAUCUGCUCGACCUCUUCACCCACCACCGCCACGCUACAAUCGUCGGCCCCCAAUUCUCCAUUGACAACUAUAUCGCCAUCCGCAUCACUCUGAACAAGGAGGCCACCGCUCUUAACCUGCCUCGCUACACUGAGAUGGUUGACGCUCCCAAGUCGGCCAACGGCGCAGCCAACGGCGCCAACAAGCACUCGUCCGAUUCCCCUCCUGCAAUGGGCCCGACCUCUGCCACGGGCGCGCGCAGCAGAGUCGGAGAGCGUGGCAAAGACGGCACCGUCCGUUUCAUGCUCUCCGCCGAGCGCGCUCGUGCUGAGAAGGAGGUCGUGGCAAAGUACUUUGCCGCCGACGAGUACGAGACCUACGAGGAGGAGGUCGAUGUUCCUCUUGGCCAGUAG